GUGUGCGUAGAAAUGAUAUUUAUAAAAGAGGAAAACCAUCUUCAUCUUCUGUUUUUCUUAUCACCAUUUCAUCAACACUAAUUGCAUUAAUCUUUUGCUACAUUUCCAUCUUCCCAUAAAGUCUCUCUGCCUAUUCAAAUGCGUAUCAAAGACAUGGCUUACUCUAAUCUCAGACCCUCAUUUCGCCAAAACACACUUCAAUCGAAACUACAACAAAACCAACGAGAGAGUCAUCCUCAUUUCCGACGAUCUGUACUCAGUCGACUGCGCUGAAGCAUCCAAUAACGACAAUCUGAUUGCGACGAAGCUUGAUUUAUUUUCGAUUGAAAAGCAAUACGAGUUUGAAAUCUUGGGUUCUUGCAACGGUUUGAUUUUAGUUAGAGACGCAAACUGCACCAUGUUUUUGUUGAAUCCAUCAACUCGAGAGAUCAGAGAAUUACUCGAUUCCCCUUUUGCCACUGAGUACGCCAUGAACGGACUUGGGUGCGAUUCGUCUGCAGAUGACUACAAGGUUCUGGCAAUUGAUGUUAAAUUUGAUCCUGAUGGUGCUGUUGACGACGAUGAUGAAUCAUGGCGUACUUAUACAAUUGCAAGUAUGUAUUCACUGACAACCGAUUCUUGGAGGAGGAUUCAAGAUGUCCCCAACUAUCAUUCUCGUUCUCUUAGCAUUUAUUCCGAUGAUAUGGUUCUUGUAAAUGGCUCUCUACAUUGGUUGCUUUUCGGGUCUUACAGUAAUUCGUUUUUGAUUGCUGCUUUUGAUGUAGCAGAUGAGAAAUUCCGUGAUGUGCAAAGACCUAGCUCAAUUGUCAACAAUAAUUUUAAUAUGUUGUAUAUAUUGGGAGUUUGCAGAGGGCGUCUCUGUAUAUUUUUAUGUAGUUAUACUUAUAGUUUCCAAAUUGAUGUUUGGGUAAUGCAGGAGUAUGGGGUUACUGAAUCUUGGACCAAAUAUACAAGGUAUGUAGAUAAUAUGUACAUGAAGCAACCCUUAUUUUAUCUGGUGGAUGAUGAAGUUCUACUGAGAAAGGAUGGAGAGAGAUUGCUUGCAUUCAAUGCUGAAAAGAAAACAUCAAGAUAUAUAGAGGUGUGUGGCAUUCCAGCUAUGUUUAAUGGAGGGUCCGGAGGGAUGACCUAUGUGGAGAGCCUUGUCUCGCCCUCGCCCUAUCACACCACCCGUUGGAUUGAUGGUGGUUGAUGACUUUGAAGUCAAUACGCUUAAUCAAUGGUGAUUGCAGAGGAUGACCUGACAGUAACAGCUCUAUAUACUUUUAUCUGCACAAACAUACUCAAAAAGCAAUCCUUCUCUGGAGAUAUAUUUGAUUUUCUUUUAAUCUUGUUUUACACUCUUAAGAUAGUCUAUUUUGAUACCAAGGAAGCUUCCCUUGUGAACUUACAACGUAUACUAGUUGAUUAUUAACGAUGUGUGUGUUCUUUUGUCCUUUUGGCACGCAGAAUGGUGUAGGAAUGGAAUGAAU